AUGACUAUUUGGUGCAACUCCUGCAAAUGUCACGUCAGCUCCCCGUGUACUUUUCACCAUCUGCCGCAGGAUCAGCUCCGCUCCUUGUGCAGGAGGUUCAGAUCCACCAAAGGAGCAUCCAAAGCCAGACGAGACCACAUCAACCAUGAGAUCAGGAAUAUGCGGGCUCUGCUUCCCAUCAGCCAGGAGGAGCAGGAGCGCCUCUCCUACCUUCACUCCAUGGCUGCCAUCUGCACCUACAUCAGGAAGUCCGUUCUCCUCCAGGGGCUUCCAGGUGGGCAAAGAUCCCACUGCUCUCUGCCGUACGAGGCCUUUCUCGAAGCCCUGCAUGGCUUCAUCCUCGUCACCACCGCCACGGGCAAGCUGGUGUACGUGUCUGAAAAUGUGGCUGAAUAUACUGGCGUCUCCAUGGUAGAUGUGCUACAGGGAGACACGUUAUAUGACAUGGUGGAACGGGCUGAUGUGGAUGUGGUUCAGUCAAAUCUGGAGUCCGAAAACAACUUAUCACCAGACCGGAGCUUCGUAUGUUGCAUGCAGUCCUCCAAGGCCUUUAAGAUGCAGCACGGGAGCUGCUGCUCCAUGCUGGUCAGAGGGAGCUUCCAGUUCUUCCCUCGGCCCUCCCCUGCAGCCUCUCCCCCCGGCGAGCUGCUGUUCGUGGCUCUCUGCACCCCCACGGUGAACCGCCUGACCGACUCCGACUCCCACUUCUGUCACAGCUUCAGCAGCACCCACAGGCUGGACAUGAGUUUCACCCGUCUGUCUGACAGCGUUUUGUACUUUUUGGGGUACUCAGCGGAUGAAAUGACGGGCCGAUCGUGGUACAGUUUUGUGCAUCCUGAGGAUCUGACUCUGUGUGCAGACUCUCACAGAAGUUUGAUGAUGGCAGAUAAGGGGUCCCAGGUAGAGAUGGUGCUGAGACUCCAGUGUAUGGAUCUGUCAUGGACCUGGAUCUACGUUCGAGCUCACAAGGACUCAGAGUGCCAGAGUAUCAUCUGCACCAACUUCAUCAUCAGCGAGACGGAGGCCACAUUUCUGCAGAAGAAAAUUAGCAGCGAUGCCUUCAAGCCGUCGGCCGUGCCGGAUCCCCACCACUGUCCCCAGCAGGAGCCUCCGGGUCAGAGCCACGGCGGCGCGUACGCCAAGAGGCAGAGGACGUGGAGCAGCCAGAGUGAGGAGCCGGCCGCCCGGAGGAGGAGGGUGUCUGAGCAGGACGUGUACUGUGCGCUGUGCACCAGCACGCAGGGCAGCAGCUGUGACAGCCCUGUUCUGUUCACCCCUCCCUACAGCCCGGCCUCCUCCAGCUCCCUCCUGGACCCCGGAGAGCUUAGCCAUGACCUCCUGAUGGCUGCGAAUGACUGCACCGAUCAGCUGCCGUCCUCUCCCGAGAGCUCUCCCUCCUACUACUCCUACCCAGAGGCCGCGCUCACCUGUCACCGGUCACCCGCCGGCUCCCUCCCUGCAGCCGCCGAACAAAGCCUUGAUCACGGAGACCUGCUUGCUCUCAGCACCCUCUCUCCUCUCUCGUCCUCCUCCUCCCCGAGCUAUGAUUUCCAAGCGUCCCAUGCUCAGUUAGUCCCAGACUGUCUGUCCGUGUCCGACAUGUGUGAGAGCCCGGUGGACAGCGCGUCCCUGCAUCCGGACGAGUUUGACCUUCUCGAGCAGCCACAAGGGGGCGGUUUCGUUCAGCUGCAUCACGUCCCCCAUCAAGAGUUCCCAUUACAUCCCGGUCUUCUCCCACCCAACCAAUCCUCCUCGUCAGAGCCGAGCCAGUACAACGAGAGGGAGCAGGCGGAGAUCAGUAUUCUGGCUCAGCAGAUCUCCUCACUGGCCAGCAGCUUUAACAUGCAACACACCAUGAGCGUGUUCCCACCUGCGGCCCCCGACUCUCUGCCCCCGGCCUGCGACUGGCCCCACAGCGCUCCGCUCCCCAAGCGCCAGCCGGUCCACAACACCAGCCUGCUCGACAGCUUCCUGAAAGACCAUAACACGGCCACGAGGAGAAGUAGCAGCUCUGAUGUCGUCCCCUGCAGCUACCAGCAGGACCUCAUCAGCAGCAGGAGCGGCUCCAUCCAGUCGGAGCACGGGCCCCUCGGCCUCAUCGCUGAAGACUCUCUUCCCGCAGAGCAGUUCACCAAAGACGGCAUGGCCGAGGAGCGCUUCGGUCUGCAGCUGGGACUUCAUGAGCACAACCCUGAGUUGCAUCAACUCCUCCACUAUCUGCAAAGUGUCCUCCACAAGAGUUAA